GAAGAAAUUCCAUAUGUCAGUCAUUUUGCAAGUUGACUGAGUACGAGCCUGAGGACUCCAGGAACACAUUUUCAUGUGUCAUGAUUCUCGUUUCCUGCAUGGCAAACAAAGUAAAAAUUAAAUAAUGCGUGAUAUGAACAUUGAAUUAAGUUUUACUACUGCGUGUCUCUUCUAACUGCUUUUGGUAAGAAAGGAGGGACAGUCCCAUCCAUCAGUGUGUUUUUUCAGCCUAGUUAUACAUUUUUCUGGUCCGAAGAAGACUUAAGGGACUAAAAACAAGGUCGUCAUACCGUUUGCAAUAAAUAUUUGUUGUCGUCCGCAAGCUUUCACACAACUAAGGUUGAAAAUGUGUGUGUGUGUGAGAGUGAGAGUGAGAGAGAGAGAGAGAGAGAGAGAGAGAGAGAGAGAAAAUAAAAACAAAACAAACAAAGGAAAAAACUAACAAAAACCGAGCGACCGGACAAUACAGAGCCAUGAAGCUGUACCAACAACACGACACAGUAUUCCAGGAGACUUUCUGGGCGCCUUUUAUGUCAGAGGAGAAAGUUGUGUUUAGUGCUAACCAUCUGCCUCUUAUCUGUCCGAAAUUGUGCAUAGCGACAAAAAUUUUAUUCAGCUUGUGAGUAUAUAGGCUGUAUGCUAAGUUUGUGACGCAAGCCGUCAGGGAUAGCAGACAUUUACAGUUGACAUCUUCAACAUGCCUCAUGCUUUCAACAGUGUUGUAGCGUUGGGGUUUAUUUCUGGUAUUUGGACUUUUUUUAAGUCCGCUAUAAAAACCAUAACAGCGAGGCAGUGCUGUCUAAACGCCUUAAUACCUCCUCAAAACUGGAAGGUGAAGCCGUUGUGGUUUCCCAUGCGUACUGUGGUGUUGAGACUGAGAAUUGUUCUGAGUGUCAAUCUUUAUAACGCAGGGAUGUAGUCUGCCAGCGACUGAGAAACCAAGCUACAAUUUAAGAAAAUUUGUCUUUUAAUCAGGUUCACGUUGAGGCUGGAGGAGUCGGGAGGGUGGAUUGCAAGCUUUGGCAAGAAUGCCCACGCCCACUGCACGUGAGAGGUGUGGCGAGUCUCUGGCCAUCCCAAUCCCCGUUCCCCGUGAGAGUCGCAGCCCUUGACAUCACAGAUGCAGUCGUUGAUUUUUUUUAUCACAUGCAGAGUCAGAGUCUCGUCACCUGUCGCUGGUAACCCACCCCUCCUUCGGCUCACCGACUUUGAACGAGAUCCCACCCAACCUUUUUUCCCACCACCUUUGGACCUCCCUGGUCCCCUUCCCUCCCCUCACUGGACUGUCUUGGUCUGCUAAUGCUGCUCCUUUUAAAAGAAGCAGCCUGCCGAAAAAUUGUUCGUGGGACUGGCGGUAGUGUCAUUGUUAUAACACUUGUCACCACUGCUGUUAGAGGCACUGUGAUCAGAUCUCGUUUCAGGACUGUAUUGACACUUGUUUGCAGGGCUGGCAGUCGGGGUUUUCUCCCAGUACUUCUCUUCCCAUCUACUCUCUCGCAAUAUAGUGCGAAAUCACCUUUUGGUGGAAGUACUUUUCCGCCAAACUAACCUACCUACCAAUCAUUGGUCGUUACUUCCCCCGAAGGAGUCUGGCUGGAGGAACACGUGCAGAAGACCUGAAGGAUCGCAUGGUCUUCAGGGGAGCUCAAGGAGUAUCAAGCUGAGGUACAGGUAUUCCCGGUGCCAUGACCACCCCAAGAGCUUGCGAUGAUGACAUUGCCAUCGUCGGCGUCGGUUGUGUGACUCCAGGAGCGGAUAACAUGGAUGAGUUCUGGCAAGUUCUCGUCAAUGGGGAGAACCACGUAGUGGACAUACCUGCUGACCGCUGGAACGCUCAGGCCUACUAUGACCCGGACCCUAUGGCCCCCGGCAAGUCUUAUGUUCGGCGGGCAGGCCUCAUCAGAGCGCCAGACGAGUGGGACAACCGUCUGUUCAACAUCAAUGACUUUGAGAUGAAUCAGAUGGACCCGCAGCAACGCCUAGUUCUGGACUGCACCUAUAUGGCGCUCGAGAACGCGGGGAUCACGCGUGCUCACCUUGCGGGGUCUGACACGGGUGUCUUCGUAGGGGCGAUGAAUUCAGACUAUCGUGGCUUAUUUACGGCCGCCUCCACCAUCGUAGGAAAUUACACUGCGACCGGAGUCAGCAAUUCUAUCAUUGCAGCGAGGGUCUCAUACGUUUUUGACCUCCGGGGUCCUUCGGUUACCGUGGAUACGGCCUGUUCUUCUGCUCUUGUGAGCAUUCACCUUGGGGCGCAAGCGAUUCGGUCAGGUGACUGCAACCUAGCAAUAUGCGGGGGAACCAACUACUUGACCCUUCCUGACGUGUUUGUGCACCUGAGUAAGGCGCACAUGCUGUCGCCGACAGGCCAGUGCCACGCCUUCUCAGACAAAGCAGACGGCUACACUAGAGGCGAGGGCUGCGGCAUGGUCAUUCUCAAGCGCCUGAAGGACGCUGAGAGGGACGGGGACAACAUCUGGGCCACGAUACUGACAGGUUCCAACCAGGACGGGAGGAGCGUCACUCCGAUGACUGCCCCCUCCAUGUCGCAGCAAGUGAGACUCCUGGAGCAGGUCUACAGCAACGCCAACAUCGACAUUGAUCGACUCGACUACAUUGAAGCACACGGUAAGCGUGUAGCUCAGGAAACAUACUCAUGCACAGCAUCAAUGGGUCUCACAACUUGUUUACUCCUGACAGUAUCCUUAGGCUGCCAGGCUGCCUGGUCAAAGGAUUUUCAUUACUUUAAAUUACCAAAUCGUAUUCGUCUAAUCACCUUCACUCUUCACAAAAUUAGUUACAGGAAAGUGACCUUCCUGGAUCUGUUCUUGUCCUCAGGGACCGGCACUCCAGCUGGAGACCCCAUCGAGGCCACCGCCGUCGGCAACUUCUUCAAGGACCACGGCGCCAUAGGCAGAGUCCGCUACAUCGGCACUGUCAAAACCAACCUGGGGCACCUGGAGUCGGCCGCCGGUGCUGUGGGCAUCAUCAAGGUGCUGCUAAUGAUGCGGCACUCACUGAUUGUCCCUUCCCUGCACUUUGCCAACAACAAUCCCAACCCUCGCAUCGAUUUUGAAGAGCUGCAGCUGCAGGUUCCUACGAAGGUCCUGGAGUGGAGCAGGGAGAACAAAAUCGGGUGCGUCAAUUCGUUCGGCUUCGGGGGGACUAACGGACAUUGCAUUCUGAUUGAGUAUACAAAACGUCGGUCCUCAUCCGACAUACUACAUGCCGCACUGAAGACGCCCUGCAUCGUCUGCUUGUCCGCCAACUCGGAGAAGUCGCUGGCGGGCAGCAUCCGAGAUCUCUGCGGCCACCCUGAUGUUGAAAACAUGGACGUGCAUGACAUCUCCUUUACCUCCACGUGCCGUCGCGACCACUACAACCUCCGGAUCGCCAAGGUAGUGGACGACCUUCACGAUUUGCUAACCACACUCGAAGAGCACGUUCGCUCUGGGGCCAAGGCUGCUAACGCCCUCCGCAAGCCUCGUGUGGUCUUCGUCUUCUGCGGAAUGGGAACGACCUGGAAAGGGAUGUGCAAGGAGAUGUUGGUCGAGUUCCCUGUCUUUCGCGAAAAGCUGGAAGAGAUCGACCGACUCCUGUCUUCUUACGUCCAGUGGUCGCUGAUCAGUCGGCUGGAGGAGGAAUCUCACUUUGAUGACCCCUUGUUCUCUCCAAUAGCCAUCUUUGCGUGCCAGGUGGGGCUGGCGAGCCUCUGGCAAAGCCUUGGGGUUCAGCCGCAGAAAAUUGUAGGACAGUCAGUUGGAGAGGUUGCUGCCGCUCACAUUGCCGGUUGCCUGACGCUAGAGGACGCUGUGAAAAUCAUCUACUUUCGCUCUUAUCACCUGUCCCAAGUGACGGGAGGAAAAAUGCUCAUCGUGCGUAACGCCAGGAGGGCCAGUCCCACGGCUCUAGCCAUCAGUGGGGACGCCGACAGCGUGGACGCCAUAAAAAAAUGGCUGCAGUCUUCAUCUAGAUCAAGCAGCAAGCAAGCUCAGCUACUGGAGCUGCAAGUUCCAGUCGCCUUUCAUAGCCAUCACGUGGACAGCUGCAAGGCACCGCUGGCCGAAUCAUUGCAGGAUAUCGAACCGUCGGAACCGACUGUCGACAUGAUUUCCACAGUGACGGGAGAGGUCAUCACGGACGCUCCGGGAAUAUACUACUGGGUGGACAACAUGCGUCGCCCUGUCUUAUUUCACCAAGCCAUCGCCAAAUCGGUCGAGGCCAAGCAGAAGAACGUGUUCAUAGAAAUUGGACCAAGAUCCGUGCUGCGAGCACAUCUAGCCGACAUUUUCUCCCACGAAGAUCCCAAGUGCGUCAUCUCCAUGUCUAAGCCACCGGAACAAAAGCUGUUUUUGUCUGCCGUAGCUACUAUGUAUGAGCUGGGCGCUGAUAUUGAGUGGAGCAAGCUACCCACGAUGGGCAGGAACGUCACCAGUGUCCCGCACUACUUCUUCAACAGGCAAAAGUCCUUAGGGAGGUCGGAAGCUGCAGUAACCAUCCUUGCCGGCGUUUCUUCGCUUUACCGAAAGCACUCCUAUGUUUUUCCCAUCGAAGGUGACUUCGGUAUGAUUGCAAUGAUCAGUCCUCAUGGACAGACGUCCUUGUAUGACCACGUGGUCUCCGGGGUCAUUGUCGUUCCUGGCGCGUUUUAUGUCGAGGUGGGGUUUGGGAUUGCCGCGCACCUGAGCACGUCCAAGGUAAAGUGGGCAGUGGGGGUCGAGUUUGAACAGCCGCUGGUCAUCCAGAAAGAUUCCGUUCUCCGCAUCGACAUAGACUUCGCCAAAGAUCUGCAUGGGGAGGCCAGAGCAAAGGCCCCGAUCAAGCUUAGCAAAGAUGGGAAGCAUUUGGCGACGCUGAAACUGACGCCCCUAGGAGCAGACGACCACUGUAUGACCGCCGUCAUGAACCUGGCACACAUACAGGGACGCUGCAAGACGCGAGUGGACAAGGAUGAGAUCUAUAGUUCUCUGCGCCGCUUUGGCUUCCAAUAUGGCGAAGCCUUCUCCCUCAUCACCACCGCCCUGAAAAGCGACAGAGAAUGCCUGGCCACGGUUCGCGUCCCUCCAUUCCUGCGAGACGAGAUGUCGGGUAUCGUGGUACACCCUAGCAUCUUGGACAGCCUGCUGCAGUCCUCCGUCAUCCUCAUGUCGGACCAGAACGACGUCAAUGACCUGCUACCCCGGUCCAUCAGAUGGUUCGUCUUGCACCGUCAGAUAGAGGAUGUCAUGCUCAUUCACACGACGUUGAAGCACGCCGGCCGAAAGCAGACCGUAUAUGACGUCACUCUCCUGACCACCCAGGGCAUCGUAAUUGCAGAGCUGGAAGGGUUGGUCAUUAGGUCCAUCACAGAAACCCGUGUCGGGGUUGACGACAUGUAUGUGUGUGACUGGAAGAAGGUCAAUGACGUUCCUUUGCCCUACUCUGUGGACCCCAAAGAAGGCAGCAACAUUGUCUUCGUGACGGACCUGAGAAGCAACCAGCACAUCGAAGCUGUAGCUUUUCUCUGCAUGAGUUCUUUCGACGACAGCGCCGAUUCCGACACGCUACAAGAUGAGAUCGCUAACGUCUGCCUCCUCAUCAGAGCCAUUUUGAUCCGAGCGGCUGAACGCGGUCACAACUUUCCCGUGUACAUCUGUACGAACAGGGCCUGGCCCUCCAUUACUUCUCACGUAGCCCACACGGUCAAUCCUCAGAUGACGGCCCUUUGGGGCAUGACGCGCUGCGCCCUGCGGGAGCAAGUGUACCCGCAGUUAGUCACGGUGGAGAUACAGGUGCCGGAUGCACAAUGGUCCCUUAGGUUCAUGCAGCAGGCUCUUUCAGUCAUCAUGAAAGAGAAGGUUUUGCAGGACUUUCCGGAAGUUUUAGUCACGACAACAGGGUUCUACGUGAACCAGCUAGUGCAAGUGGAAUCUGAGACAAUGAUACCAACAUAUCGCAAACUCUUUGCUGAUGCAGACAAAAGUGCAUUGGUGCUGUGCCAAGACCCAUCCAUGACCUCGAAGCCGUUUGCUGUUUAUCACGAGAACACGUCAGGGGGAUCUGGCAAAGAGCUGGAGUGGAUCAGCAUCGAGACAGAAGCCUUUGCUGUGCACCACCCUGAUCUGUUUUCCAUGUCUGUACAAUACAGCCAGAUGGUGGGAUCAGGUUCUUUGAAGGAACGGGGUCAUCCAGUUUUCUCGUUGGAAGUCGUCGGCACCUGUCCCCAAAACCCCGACGAGAAAUUUGUCUGUUUGUACCCUGUUGCAGUGAGCACCCAAAUAACAGUUCCAAGACACGCUGCUAUCAAAAUGAGCGGCAUACCUAACUACCAGGUCGGCGACUUAACGAAACUCAUUGUCAUUUGGGUUAUGCAGCGAGAAAUUCAGUCGCACAGAAUCACUCUCUUGACAUCAAGCCGGACAAAGCAUCUGUCAGGGAUGCUAGAGGGCUUGCUGACCAGCCGCAAAGUGCAGAAAAAGACAGCUGUGGUGAACGUCGUUAACGUGGAAGAGAUGGGCCAGGACGCCAUUUUCCAAGACUUGAUUCUGUCCGUCGUCUAUCUCGAUGGGGAAGUAGUGUCGACCAUCAGCAAACGAUGGGAACAUGGAAAAUACUUGGUCACCUGCCAAGGUCUCAUGAGCGGCGAAGCACAGUCAUCGCUGUCUUACUUUUUGCCGCAGGUGGAGAUACAAACCAUCAAUACCAACCAGGUAUUCCACCCGCAACGCCUGCACAGCCUCGUGCCAGCCUUGUGCAAGUGGAUGAAAAAGGCCAACGAGGCCCUCAACAAAAUCACAGAGAGCCUGCAUAACGGCUUCCCAUCUUACAUCCCUCCCGGGGUCAUGGUGAGCCAGGAAAUGAUAUUGCAGGGAUCUAAAGGAGGGUCCAGUUUGUCCCUACCGCCCGGCUUUACACUUGAUAUGCUUCCGCCCGAAAUGCUACCCCCGGGCAUGGCAGAAGCUUUGUCAUCAUCGUUUCCGAACGGGUUUCCAGCUAGUAUGGCUCCUGGAAUGCCUCCUGGAAUGAUGCCGCCAGGAAUGAUGCCGCCAGGAAUGAUGCCGUCAGGAAUGAUGCCUCCGGGAAUGAUGCCGCCAGGAAUGAUGCCACCUGAAGGUAUGCCCCCAGGCAUGGGACAUCUUGGCGGGAAGGGUUUAGAAAUGAUGCAAAAUGGGAUGGGGCCUGUAGGCAUGAUGCCUGCAGGAAUGCAAGGAAUGCCUGCUGGAAUGCCACCUGACAUGAUGCUAAUACCUGGGAUGGGAAUGCCUCCGGGUAUGACCACGUUUCCUGGUGGUUUUCCAUCGCCCACAGGCUCCAGCGCCGCGCUCUCUCGGCGAUCUUACAAAUCUCCACUGACAGUCGUCAAGGUCGGCAGGAAGAAGACGGACCAGGCUGCAGAUCUCAACCAACUCCUCGCUGCCGAAAGACGAGAUCUAGACAAGCUCGAAAUACACGCCAGCGCCGACGAACUGUUCCGGUCCGACUCCGUCUACAUCGUGGUGGGUGGCUUAACUGGACUCGGCUGGGUGGUUGUCCAGUAUCUGGCCGAACACGGAGCUGGGUUUAUAGCCAUCCUCAACAGACGAUCUCCAUCUUUCGAGCAGCUGAACAAGAUCGAGCAGGUGGAAAAGAGGAAUGCAUGCAGGGUCGCGACCUUUCAGGCUGACGUCACAUCCCUACCAUCGCUGGAAGCCUUCCUCAGGAGCAUGAAGGAGGCAUUCGGAGGAGCCAAACUGAAAGGUAUCUUCUAUGGCGCGGCCGUUAUCGACGACAGCAGCCUCCUUAAUAUGGACCCUGUUAAGUUCAGAAAAGUACUGGCGCCUAAAGUGAAAGGCGUGUGGAACUUCCAUGUCCUCACUAAAGAUCUUCAGCUGGACUAUUUUGUCUUGCAGUCCUCGGUGACGUCCGUGGUUGGGAACGGAGGUCAGACACACUAUGGUGCAGGCAACGCAUUCAUGGACGGCAUAGCUCAUUACCGGAAGUCUCUGGGGCUGGCAGCACAGAGCAUUAACUGGGGGGUGCUAGACCUUGGCGUUCUGCAGUCGAACGACAUCGUGAAGCAGACACUAGAGUCGCAAGGCUUCAUACUCAUAACUACCAAAGACAUCGCGAGCAUGCUGACCCCGAUACUGAUGCUCGAUUGGGCCCAGGUCAUGCCCUGUAAAUUUGACAAGGAAAAGAUGGCGUCCAGGAUCCAGCGUGACAUGCUCCUGUACCUGGAAAAGCGCCUGCAGGCGCUCUUACCCCAGAACCUUUCCAGUCUGCGCAUCGACAAUCAGAUACUGCAGAGCGUUCAGAACGCGCGUAACCUUGACCCCGACAAGCGGAUAGAAAUCUAUGAGAAGUACAUCACGGCCUUGGCCUGUCAGGUUCUUAGCGUUGACCAGUCGAUGGUCACACCCGACGCCAACCUGAUAGACCUCGGCAUGGAUUCCAUUUCUGCCAUGACAAUGAUCAGUCAAAUUGCCAGGGAAACUCAAGUGAGGCUUCCGGCCAUUCUGUUCGUUAGCGGUGACCCGAGUCCGUUGUCCAUCGCUCAGGCCAUAAGUGACGCUAUUGACGGCAAGCUGGACAUCUCGGAUGAAGGAAGCGGGACCCUUAAGAUCGAGGAAAUUUCCGAAGAUCCCGAAGACCUAUCUCACAGCGUGUCUCCGUUUGAAGCGCAGCAGCUGCACUGGUACAAGAAGGUGCCAAGAAAACAAAACAUGCAUGGAACAGCCGACAUCUUUUUGCCACCAGAGAUAGCCAACGUCACAUCUGUUCAAGACGCCAUCGUAAGCGUCCUGGCUAAACACCCUCCAGCUAGAUUUAUUUUCAACGAGCGCCACGCAAAGUCGAGCAAUAAAUUCAAGCGUGACAUCCUGGAGCCAGAACAGGUUCUAUCCCUUAAGAUCCUCGAGGAUGUAGAGCACAUUAGCGAUGAGUUUCAGUCUAUCUCAGAAGAAGCGUUCGAGCUGGAAAAAACAGGGCCACUUCGUUUCAUUUUUGCACAGAAGCCAAAGCCAUUGCUGCGUCUCGUGGCCCACAAAGCUAGUCUGGACUACGGGUCAAUGAAGACGCUGGUGGAGGACCUCCUUGAAAACCUGCAAUGCUCUAGACGAGACAAAACGGUGGCCCGAAGGGAAGUCGAGAAAAAGCACGAGGACAUGGACACCCUGAAUACGGAGCUAGAGAAGAUGCGCAAACAGGUGACUGAUGACGUCUACCACUUUUGGGAACAGCUCCGGCUUAAGGAGUUCCAGCCCACAUCUCUCGGCCGCGACGAUUCCAAAGUCCGGGACGUAUUCACCGGUGUCGGCAAAAUGUCCAUGUACCUGAAGCCCAAGUUGGUGACGAGAAUCACAUCAUUCAUAAGUCUGCGCACAGGUGGGGAGAGGAUCAGCUUGUUUGGCGUAAUCGCCAGCUGCUGGCAGGUGCUCCUGCACGCGGUCACCGGCAAAGCUCUAGUGCCGCUAGUCUUCCCUGUCAACAUCCGCUGGAGCGUCAAGGAAUUGAACCACGCAGUCGGCAGUUUCUGCAACGAGGUGCCUCUCGUUGCCGAUUUCACUGUCCCGAGGAAAAGUCUUCAACAGUUCAUCAUCGACAACAGCAAGAUCAUUCAAACCUACAUCGACCAUGGAGUCCUGCCUUUCUCUUUGUUCGGCGAUCUGGCUGACCACAUCUUCACAAUGCUGAGUGAGACUCCUCACGGCAUCGACAUCGAACUCCUUCACGCAGAGCACGCCAGGCAGGACGCGAUGACCGUUUUACAUCCGUCAGACCUGGAGACCAACCUGCUCAUCCAGCACGAUAUACACAACGGUCUAGUGUGCCUGACGCUCACGUACAAGAACUCGGUCCUGAAUUCUAAGAAGGCUUGGCGCAUGCUUAAGGGGCUCAGUUGUCUGGUCAACAAAGGCUUGUCAAAGCCCAGCAUGAGCGUGGCUCAGGCAAAAACGCGAUGCCGAAAACUGAAAAUGGAAAGUCCUAUGUAAGGAAAUUUUAGUUACUUGUCCAGUUUCUUUCUCCGCAUUCCGCGGGUUACUUCAUUAAGAACAUGCUCCGGGGAACACUUGUGUCUCUAUAACUUUCACGCAGAUUAUUCAGUGUCCAGCUCUCUAGUUUACUGCCAUGUAGUUAGGACCUUAUCUGUCCAUUUGUCGUCUGUCAUUAGGUAGUUUGGACCUUUGAGUCUGUCCAGCUGUAGACUAUCGACAGCUGUGGCUGGUCACCAAAGUCUAAGUAUAAAAAUAUCACCUUCCUCUUAAAUAAUACUGAACAGUUUUCAAACGCAAACUUACUGGAAAUUUCUUUUCUGGAAUGUGAAUAAAUCUUACCCCAGAAGAAGAUGAACUAAAGGAGUGGAGAAUAAACAUGAGCGAAACUGAUGGCAGUGUCAUGUGAAUCUCCAGACAACCAACUGCCCUCUAAAAAAUAGCGCUGUGUAUUCGCAUAACAUUUAAACGGAUUUAAAAACCUUUAUUUUUGACCACUUAUGAGAUAUAAUAUUGAAAAUAAAUGAAUGUAAUCAAGAUAAAGAUUUUGAAAAGAUUGAUUUAACCAAGAAUUCUACGUAGCAUACGGAAAUUGUAUUAGCUCUCUGCAGACUGUUCUUAUGAAAUGGAACAAAACAAAAAAAAAAAUAUAAACAUUCGGUUAGUGUCAGAAGUUUAAAAAGCGAGGGAAAGAUAUGUUCAUUAAUAAUCAAUCGGAUGCAGUUUGUUUUAACACUUCCCAGCCUGCAAGAGAGUCGGUGAGGGUAAGGGUCCUGCAAGUGAAGAGAGGCGAAAACGCGGGGUACGGGUAAAAAAUCAUAUGACGGAGUUUGAGACAAGUGCGCUGAUGAUGACCCGUAUAUUGGACUUUUACUCUGCAAACCCGCUGCCACACUCUAAUUCACUGGCCCAGUUGAAGCAUGAUCUCGUGCACAUUCUUCCCUCGCUGUUUCCCCACGUGUAACUGGUACACAGGGUCAGACCGGUUCUGUUUGUUUUGACCUUUGCACAGACCACGGAUGUAUACAGCGGACAGAAGUUUGUGCACAGACCUAAGGGUCGCACCUCGAUCUCGAAGUGAAACACCGCCGAUCUCUGAAGUGAGUGUGAAUGAAGUUGAGUGAAAGAUGCCAUAAAACAACUGUUAUAAUGAUCGUAUAUAACUAUUGUACUGCUUUUUGUGUAAUAUUUAAUUUGUUGUAACCGGCAGGUCUGAACUCUAGCUGUCAUUUGCCCUCGCACAUGAUUGUUCCGCUAGCAACAGAGGCUGGCUUUUGUAUCACUCUGUCUUGUACAUGUUCUGCAAAUAAUUUAAACUGGUUAACCAUAUACUUUUUGCUGUAAAUAAUUAAAUUAUUUAAUCGUAUCUCUUUCCAACUAAAUGUACGCAUUUACCUAGAGCAUGCAUGCAACUGAAGGUGUGGAAACGAUGAUAUCUUCAAAAGCUGUUGAAUAUUUUCUGCAUGGCGUGCCAGCCUGUAUACGUAUACUACUGGUGGUAAGAGAAUGUAAGAUUGGAUGAGGGAUGCAAGCGGAGCUUACAGGGUGUGGAUGCGGCCUACAAACUGGGCUUUGGUGGGAAUUACGGUGGCAAAGCGGGGGUCUGAAGGGUUGUACGCAGGGCUUUGACGGGUCAAUGACAGUUGCAAACGGGAAAGAAAUACUGCAUGGGUCCCUUGAACCCUCUUCCUAAUCCCGCCGGCUCCGGUUUCCCGCAAGGGACCCAGAUCUUAUUCCGGAUGGGUCUCUUUACAGGAUCCAUGAUUUCUUGCAGGCUGGGUUAUUUUGGAUAUGGGGGGGGGGGAUAUAUUAGUUAACGAGUAUGCACUGUGGGUGAUGCGAUGAAAUCUUUAAUAAAAAGCAUUUCAAUACGGAACAACUUGUUAUUUCUUAUGUUUACGUAGCUGCUGUCUUGUAUUGUAUGUGAAUAUGUAAAACGUUUAGUGCUAUACCUCGCUAAUAUGAUAAAUACGAUAU